AUGGAAGCGGUGGUUGACACCGUGGUGGAUAUCAUAGUAGAGGCGGUGGUGGUGGUGGUGGUGGAAAGUGAUAAUAAAGGUGGGAGAGAUCGUGGAGACAGUGGUGGAUACCAUACUGGAGGCGGUAGUGGUUAUGGAAGUGGCUGCAGUGGAUACGAAGGUGAUAAUGGAGGUGGAGGUGUUGGUAAUUAUGGAGGUGACGGUGGCCUUUUGACCAAUGUGUGUGUGGAUAUUGUUGAUGUAGUCAGAAGAGUUGUGGAUAAUGAAGGUGGAGGAGAUAGUGGAGGCGGUGGCGUGUAUGAAGGUGACGAUGGUUCUCUUGGUCAAUGUGUGUGUGGAUGUUGUUUAUGUGGUCAGAAGAGUUGUAGAUCGGGAUCUCGUGGUCAGAGUUGUAUUGAUGUGAUAUGGGCUCUCGAUGGUGGAUAUGAAAGUGGUAAUAUCGAUGGAUGA